AUGAUGACAAAUAUAUUGGAUAUUCGACAACAGUGCUUCGGCGGACUCACCAACUAUUUACGCUUCGUUUUCUUCAUAGUGGUGAGAGCUUUGAACCUGAUGCCGUCUCCCGGUGGUCGAUAUGCCUGGUUUCAGUCGGAUGGUAAUAUUUGCAUAAAUUACUUCAGAAAAAAUAUGGCAUUAACUGAUGUUCGAGUAGAAAUAGAAAGAAGGAAGGUUUCUUUGUACCUGACUAUUCCCACCGGUGACGAGUUGCUCAAGAAAUUCCAGUUGCUCCAUGAAGUUGUGCCAGAAGAUUCAUCAUACCGUGUCACCGCCACGAAAAUCGAAAUCAAGUUAAAGAAAGCAGAUAAAGUUUGCUGGAGUCAUCUGGAAUCUCAAGAUUGUAUCACUGGUUCAGGAAUUCAGACGUCAUAUGAUGUCACCAAAAUUGUUCACUCCUACCCUUCUUCAAGCAAAUCUGCACACGAUUGGAAUAAGAUCGAUAAAGAAGCAGCUGAAAUAGAGGGAGAAGAAGACCCUCUAAACAAAUUGUUCAGAAAUAUUUACGAAAAUGCCUCAGAUGAAACUAGAAGGGCAAUGAUCAAAAGUUUUACGGAAUCAGCUGGUACAGUCCUCAGCACCAAUUGGAGUGAAGUUGGAGCAGGUAAAGUUGAAAUACGACCUCCAGAUGGGAUGGAAUAUAAGAAGUAUGAAAUAUAA